ACACACCUUCUUUCUGCUGCUCCAGUUUAGAAUGAAACUACUGGUUUGUUUAUGUCGGUGAGAGUUAAAUCUAUUGGAGGGAACGAAAUAUUGAAACAUUAUUAUCAGCCAGAAGUUCGCCGCUUAGCUGCUAGACUUCACCUCCCAGUAAACGGCGUAAGGAAGUUAUGAACAAUCGGACCUAUAAACAAUCGGACCACAGCCUCGAAACUUAUGUUUGAAGAGGGGGCGAAGUCAUGGAACUACGCAACGGGAUACCGAGGAGAAUAAGAAGCGUGCGACGGGGCUGGAAAAGACGUCCGCCUCCGGACACGAACAUGAAACGGGACGAAUGUAAAGUUUUGAGGUCGCUGCCUUUGGACAUCAACGACGACCACGACGCGUCAAUGGGAGAACACUGUUUCUCAGCAAACGCUGUAACCGCUGUGAUCGUGGCACCUCGAUACAAUUUGCUGCGGGAGGUUGGUCGAGGGAGUUACGGUAUUGUAUAUGAAGCUAUUGCCCGUAAAUCUGGCGCCCGUGUGGCGGUGAAGAAGCUCCGUUGCGACGCGCCAGAGAAAGUCGAACUCGCCUUGGCCGAGUUUUGGGCCUUGGCUAGUUUGGAGAAGAAGCAUGAAAACGUUGUUCAGCUCGAAGAAUGUAUACUCGAAAGCAACGGAAUGGCCCAGAAAAUGAGCCACGGCAACAAACAGUCAAAACAGUACUUGCAGUUAGUGGAGACGUCAUUGAAAGGUGAGCGGAUCCUGAAUUACCCUGCGGAGACGUGCUACCUGUGGUUUGUCAUGGAGUUCUGUGAGGGCGGCGACUUGAACCAGUACAUCCUGUCCCGGCAACCCGACCCGCGCACCAACCGCAGCUUCAUGAAGCAGCUGACCAGCGCCGUGGCCUUUCUCCACAAGAACAGCAUCGUCCAUCGUGACCUCAAACCCGACAACAUCCUCAUCUCCCAGAAGGCUGGCGCGCCCGUCGCCAAGGUUGCGGAUUUUGGGCUCAGCAAGGUGUGUGCGGUUCUGGGCUGCGAGGAGCAAGGCAGUCAGGCCCCAGCCGAACGUACUGUCAAUGUCAACAGGUACUGGCUGUCGUCGGCAUGUGGCUCCGACUUCUACAUGGCUCCGGAGGUGUGGGAGGGCCACUACACUGCCAAGGCGGACAUCUUCGCCCUGGGCAUCAUCAUCUGGGCCAUGCUUGAGCGCAUCACGUUCAUCGAUGCUGAGUCAAAGCGUGAACUCCUUGGGACGUACGUGCGGCAGGGCGGCGAGAUCGUGCCGGUGGGCGAGGCCCUGCUGGAGAACCCCCACAUGAUCCUGAACAUCCCGCAGAAGUCUCGCAGCGGCAUGUCGGACGGCGUGCGCCGCCUCCUGUGCGAAAUGCUGGCUGCCAAUCCACAGGACCGGCCUGACGCCUUUCAGCUGGAGCUCAGGAUGGACCAGUGCGCUGCGUGAGACACCCCUCUCCUGCUGCUGUGGCCCAAAGAGCUUGUGAGCUCAGUAACAGGUGGGUUUUUGAAACUAUUGGCUGGUAUUAACAGCUCUCGUCUUUUUUUUUUUUUUUUUUUUUACACACUCAAGAAGUUUCGAGAUAAAUUGUAAAAUGUCAUCUCAGCUCUGGAUUCUUAAAAUUGUGAUUCAGGGAAUGUCAUUGUAUUUUUUCAGAAAAGGUUAUUCUCAGAUUUCAGACCUUGAGGACAACACCACUUUACACAUCAGUGAAACCACUAUUGUAAUGGACUAUAUUCAGCUUUUCAGUUAACAAUUAACUCUCCUUUGAUCUAAGUGAGCCACGGUAGUCAAAGAAAGAUGCUAACUGACCUUCUCUGUCUCACUGCAGGAGAAUGAGAACCCUGACUGUUGUCUUUGUGCUAUGAUGCUUUUCUUUUCCUGGAAGAUAUGUUUUACCUAAUGUUUAAACUUUAACCUGCUUGUACAGUUGUCAUGGGUGGAGUGUUUAAUCUGUUUGUGUUCGGAUGAAUAUCUAUCUGACUCGCAGCUAGUCGGAUCCAAGUCCACUUUUGUUUACAGUGUUUUAAAGGCAUUUUUCUAUGACUACCUGACUGGAAUCUGACCCAACGCCACACACAUACCCUCACUCCUUGCCUGAGCACGCCUCAUGUACCCAGAGCUCGUGCUGUUGACACAGGUGGGACAGCUUUCAUUCUUCUUCCUCUGGUGGAUGAGGAGCUUCCAGCGAGCCAAGCAUGGCUGACUGCGCAGCCAAUCGAGAGGAGAGGCGGGGCUCGGCUCAGUGAAGCCUGCUAUCUGCUCUUGUUGGGACAGAAUGCGCCAAGCGUUAGCCCUGCUGACCAGCCUCUCAGAACACCCAGUGUAUGGAAAUGCGGCGCAGCUUGAUGUGCGUGGUAUCUUCACGCGCGGCCCAAGUUUACCCAAAGUUCAAAUUCCUCUUAAUGACUCGGCCAAUCGUGCUUGUAGAUGUAUUCUAGGCUGGUCAUCUCUAUGAACUCCAUAUUGAUAUGAAUAUUUUGUCAGGCCAAGGGAGUAUGUUUUUGUUUGUUUCUUUCUUUUCCUUAUUUCCUCCUGUUAUACUGAUACGAUGUUGUGUUGGAUAACAGAGAGGAAGACGUAUUGCACUUUGUAUACAUUCAAAUCGCCUCUACACAUCCCAGUAUAUCUGUAGACUGUGGUGGGUAGUUGAGAAGAGCUGGAUCUGUACCAUGCUCCAUACAGUGCUGUUUUCUUAAUGUUCCUGAAUGCUGUCAACCAUUCCUGUAAUGAAAUGGUUAAUGAAUGAUCUACUGUGAAAGAUGUAAUGUGAAUCAACAGAGGCCUUGUCUUUCCUCUCAAUCUGGGCAUGAAUGUGCACCUGAGCUACACCAUACUGGUUCUGUGGUGCACUCCUGUGCCUUACUUUUAUUCAUUACAGCAGCAAGCCACAGAAUAGUUUAAAUAUAUGUUUUUCCUGGCCCCCAUAAUAUGAUGUUUGAUAGCUGAAUAAGGCCUUUGAAACAUUAAUAUUGAGGCUAGCGGGCUUGCUCUUAAAAAAAGAGGACAUUGCUAAUUUAAUGUAAGAUUUUUACCAUUUGUGGUGAACCUUAUGAUCAAAGACAUUUGAUUUUUAAAAGUUUUUUUUUUUUAAAUUCUUUAUAGUGAUAUAAACAUGAGUAGAUAUUGAAAGACACUUCUGAGGCAGAAGGGCAAUUAUCUGGCAUGAUGGAAUAAACCUUCUUUCAGUAUGCUUAUUAAUUACCCUGGAGUACAUUUAAGUAUGUGAAAAGGGAUCAAAAGGACUAGUUACAUGUUUAACUUUUUGGUGUUUUGUUUGUUUGUUUUCCAACUUGAAACAUAGAACUGAUGAAUAUGUAUUUUAAAGAAUGUUGAGUCCUAACGAAAAAACAGCCAUUUCCAAUUUUGUGUGAUCAGUUAUUUUAGUUUAUUUUGUAUAAGCCUUUACAUUAAAUUACUAAAAUAUGCUUUAUUUUCAUUCAGGUAGGCAUUUGGAAAUAAUAUUUGCAGUAAUAGUGCUGAAAUUGGUUUGUGGCAGUGGAGAAGUUUUUCCACGCGAGCAUACAUUUAAAUUUACAAAUAUUUUAGGUUUUGCUAUAUUUUAUAUUGCUAUAUUGACAUCAAACCAGGUUUGUAAUUUUACCAAAAAAUGUCCAGUGUGUUUUGCUGCAAAUACUCAAUUAUAUUAAUUAAUAUAUUAAUUGGUUAUGGGGGGGGUCUCUAAGAAAAAAAAAAAAAAAAAGACCUUUUGUAGUACUUCUACCAACACCCCUGCACACGAUGUCACAAUGUUUGCGACCCUACCUUAAUGUGCCAGUCCUGUUCGGUUUGCGAAACAUACACAGUAGCACGUUAAAUGUUGGCAUGUUGAAAAAAUGUAUACAAAUUCAAAAUGAGCCAAAAGAGAUGCAUCAGGAUUGUGAAUUGUAGAAAAGUCUCCAGAAUGGUAUUCCAUUAGAAUGUUUAAAUGAAUACAGUUCUCAUAUUCAGAUACUAAAUAGGAAAUUUAUGUAUUGAAUUACCUGCUGCAUGGGUCUGUUUCUAUGGCUACUACUGAACCAGGUUAGGGUAGCAUUGCAUAAUUACUGAACCAAAAAUUCAGAACACUACCACUUUGAAUGUGCCAGGUGGUUACAAAUUGUCCUGUUGUUUUUUUUGUAGUUACUUUCAUGACUGACAGGAUUUUUAUUGAAAUGCUGAGUUUCAUACAAGAAUAUUUGUGAGUAGCUAUGUGUGUUUUUCACAAGAAUGUUAAGAAACAGUUUCCCCCCCUUUUGUUCCAGGACCAGGUAUUCUUACCAUUUUAUUUCACUGAGUAGAUUGAAAAAAUGAGUUGUCUUUUGUGUUUCUGGUUUACUCAUGGGAUUGCUCUACCUCAUUUACCUCAUUAUUGUUCUUAUUAAAUGUGUGGUUGGAUUUAGAUUUUAAAUAUGUAUUUCCAUGCAUUUAGCCUUCCUUUACAAUUCAUUAAAAAAAAAAUCUCGGUGCAA